UGACUCGCCGGUUUCCGCCAUUUUCUGUCUUGUACCGGAGAAAGAGCUUGAACAGAAGCGGUUUGAGCACCACCAAAAAAGGAUCUGAGGGUUGUAUUAUAAUCGCUCUUCGAUAUAUCCGAAUAUGGAGGACGACAGCCACCCAAAAACGCUCUACGUGGGUAACUUGUCCAGAGAUGUAACAGAAGUUUUAAUUCUUCAGUUGUUCACCCAGAUUGGACCUUGCAAAAGCUGUAAAAUGAUAACAGAGCAACCCGAUAGCAGAAGGGUCAACUCUUCUGUCGGAUUUUCUGUUUUGCAGCAUACAAGCAAUGAUCCCUAUUGCUUCGUGGAGUUCUAUGAACAUAGGGAUGCGGCUGCUGCACUGGCAGCAAUGAACGGCAGGAAGAUAUUGGGAAAGGAGGUCAAAGUAAAUUGGGCCACAACUCCAAGUAGUCAGAAGAAAGACACAUCAAAUCACUUCCAUGUCUUUGUUGGAGAUUUGAGUCCUGAGAUAACGACAGAAGAUAUCAAAGCUGCAUUUGCACCUUUUGGUAAAAUCUCAGACGCUCGAGUUGUGAAGGAUAUGACGACUGGAAAAUCUAAGGGGUAUGGAUUUGUGUCCUUCUAUAACAAACUGGAUGCAGAGAAUGCCAUUGUACACAUGGGCGGCCAGUGGUUAGGAGGUCGGCAGAUUAGAACUAACUGGGCAACUCGCAAGCCACCUGCUCCGAAGAACGUUCAAGAAAAUAACUCCAAGCAGCUGAGAUUUGAAGAUGUGGUUAAUCAGUCUAGCCCUCAAAACUGCACCGUGUACUGUGGUGGGAUCCAGUCAGGGCUGUCAGAGCAACUCAUGCGUCAGACGUUUUCUCCUUUUGGACAAAUAAUGGAAAUCAGAGUUUUCCCAGAAAAGGGAUAUUCGUUCAUCAGGUUUUCUUCCCAUGACAGCGCUGCCCAUGCCAUUGUCUCUGUAAAUGGCACAACUAUUGAAGGCCAUGUUGUGAAAUGUUACUGGGGAAAAGAAUCCCCAGAUAUGGCCAAGAACUUUCAACAGAUGGAGUAUGGCCAGUGGGGACAGUGGAGUCAGAUGUACGGGAACCCACAGCAAUACACACAAUACAUGACGAACGGUUGGCAAGUACCAUCUUAUGGAAUGUACGGACAGGCGUGGAACCAGCAAGGAUUUGGUGUGGAGGAUUCCAUCUUGGCAGCGGCAGCACAGAACAUAUCAAGACAGUCGCAGUCUCCUGCCUGGGUGGGAGGAUUUGGGGCCCAGCCGACCCAGGCCCAGGCGGCCCCUGUGAUGCCAAACCAGGCAGGCUUCGGGAUGGCCGGGUACCAGACACAGUGAGCUGGCUCUCACUUCAGACGCCUUCAUGCAAACACAAUUCAAGUCAAACCGUAACGAGAAUGUAAAGAGACCAGCACGUCUACACCUGGAAAGAGUAUUUAUUUUAAAAACAGAUUUGAAACUAUAGCAAGCAUUGCUUGUGGUGGAGGAAGCUGAUGGUUUUUUUUUUUUUUUAGGUGGGUGGGAGAGAUUGGGUGGGUGUUUUCUUUUUGCGAAACUGUGUGUAUGAAUGAAAUAAAGUUACAGAAAAUUUUUUUGAAACUCUUGUCUGAAUCUUCACGCUGUAAUAUAGUAAAGAAUAAACUGCAGUCUCAGAUUCCCACUUUUUCAUCCCCUCCACAUUUCCUUUUAAAGGAGAAUUAACGCAGCAUGGAGAAAUGUCCUCACUCCCUCUUCUCUAUAGUGUUCUCACAGAAAAUGGUACUUUGCAAAAAAUGUAAGUUGUAAAUUAUUUGUAAAUUAUGCUCUUUUUUUUAACCUGUCAACCAUUUUUUCCCUAAUUCAUAUGUUAGCUAUUUGCAUAUUCAUACCUUAUAAGAUUAGUUUUAGUAGUAUAGUUUCAAGCAUGUGGAUUCAGAAUGGAAGGUAUUCUGGUAUCUGCCCAAUGUAAAAUUUUAAUUUCUGGUUCAGUUAAACUUUUUUUUGAUUAGUUUGCACUUCUAAUUUGGGAUAACUUCAUCUGUUUUAUAUAAGCAUAUAUAUGUAUGUAGGCACAUACAGUUAUAUGCGGUUUUGUGUAUUUUUCUUUCCAUUAUCAAUUUCUUUUCACUUCUUUAGUUGCAGAGUCUUGGUUUGAUAGUGUCCUGUAAAUCUGUCCUCAAUUUGCAUAUACAUGUAAAUGUAGUUGAUAAAGGGAAAGGGGUCCUGAAAGGUUACACAUGUAAAUAAUCUUUGAUAACUUGGUACCAACAUGGAUUUUUAAAGCAUGCGUUCUUAUAUAGUAGCACAACUUAUGAGUUUUACAAACCGAAUGCUGUAUAAAGUAGAAGCGAGCAAUGUGUGACUGACAUACUGAAUAUAUUCAUUCUAAUUUAAAAGGAAGCCUUAAUUUUAAUAAGUAUAUUGCAUCACAUUUUUUAUUAUGACAAUUUGACGCCCUCAAAAAAGCUUUAUAUCUUGGUAAUCACAUUUAGAGCUCAUUGUUCCCCCCAACUUCAUGAGAUUUCACAAAAUGUGUGCCAUUUAAGUUUGUAGCAGAAUAUGACUGCUAUGACUUUAGACAAUAGAGGGUGACUUGCAUGUUUAUGUAUUAUCUUUGGGUUGCUUGAGUACUGAGUGUAAAUGACAGAAAUUUGAGUUUGUUUGAAUGAUGAAUGAAAUAAGUUGUUAUAAUUCUUACUUCAGUUUAAAAAAAAGUCUCAAUAAAUUGACAAGUGGAAACAAAUCUUUUACCAC